AUGCCUACAGCGCCGAAGAAGGACUCAUCCUACUCAGUGGAUCGACUGCUUCCCUACGUGUUCUUAUGUACGAUUGGGCCAUCAGUCGUUGCGGCUUCGAACCUGUUCAUAGUGAGAUACUUGAUGUGUCGCUAUUACUGGGUCAAACAGGGUACAGAUGAUAUACCAGGAGUAGGAGAUGACAGAUGCGACAAUCGGGACGUUCAUGCUUUAGCAGGUAGUGUUUUGGCUGCUUUAGCUACUUUGGAUGGAAUAUGCUCAUUCAUGUCCUCGCCAUACGUACAGAGCCUGUCGGAUCGUUAUGGACGAAGACCAUUGAUGAUAACAGGGCCUUUGCUGGCAACUGUGUCAACGGGAUCCAUACUUUUAGCAUACUAUGUGAAUAACACUACACUAGCAUGGAUACUGUUGGUAUUGACAGGGAUUUUCGUUUCUGCCUCGACAAAGGCGGUAUUCCUACCGUCAUUAUGUGUGGCAGAUGUUGCCACUGAUGAGGCAAGGACAAAAUUCUAUUCUCGAAUGGAAGCGGUAGCACUCCUUGGUCCAGGUACAGCUUACAUCGUAUCCGCGCUGGUAUCUCGAUAUGUGAACAACAUUGCCGUUCCAUAUUUCAUUGCUUUGGGUGCUCAAGUGGGCGCUUCAGCCUGGUCAUUCUUCUUCAUCGCAGAAAGCCGUCAAUUCCCAACGAAAGAAGAGGACGAGCAGGAGUCUAGCGAUGGAAAUGCGUCAGAAGGAGGAUCUGAGGAAGGAGGACUGAUAGCUGGUAUAGCCGAAAACUUGGAAGCUCCAGUGAAACCACUCAAAUUGAUUUGGCCUCAUAGACAUAGGGGUAGAUUCCAUUGGCAGCUUUUCGUGGUAGCUUUGGCUCUGUUCAUGACCACCUCUGGUACUGUAUUCAUUGCGACUGCAUCUUUGCUAUUCCUGAGUGACAAAUUUCAAUUCGAACCUGAAAAUAACGCAUGGAUGCUAGCCUUCUUCACUUUCUCCCGAUUCGCAUAUCUAAUUAUCCUCUUCCCUCUGAUAUUGAAAUUCGGACGAGCUGGGUAUAACAAAUAUGCCCUAUGGAAAGACAACAGGAAGCCAAACGAUGGUGAAAGACAACCAUUGGUGAGGAGAGAUACUUCUGCUAAGCAGAGCGAUGCGAAUCAUUUUGAUGUCAUACUGGCUUUCUUUUCAGUAGUCAUCGAUGCCAUCGCCCUAGGUUUUGUGUCGUUAAGUCUCUCAUACCAACAAGUUUUAGCUGCAUUUGGAAUUAUGGCAUUCGGCGCGGGCGAUAAUCCCACGUUCAAAGCAGUAUUCGUGUCCUUCGCACCACCGGAGAACUCUAGUGAAGCUUUGGCAGCUUUGGAUAUGGUUUUCAGUGCAGCCAAACUUGCUUCGCCUCCUCUUUUAGGUGCCCUUUACGCCGCCUUUGUCGAAGUAGGAAGACCUGAGUUGCUGUUCUUGGCUGCUGGGGGGUUAUGCACUCUGGGAGCUGUGUUGAUUGCCCCAUUGAUCUUCUUGAAGCGACAAGUGAAAUCAAAUGACUAA